ACUCACUGAUCACGACUCUUCUAUCAUAUUUUACUCUGAAGAUUCUUUCACAUAUUCUUACAUUGGGAACGUUUCCGGUGUGAUUUUGAUCAAUGGCUGGAACUGAGAGUUCAGAGAAGCCAAUUUUUAAGCUGACACUUCUGGUCGACACGGAAAAGAACAAGGUUGUCUUGGCUGAAGUCGGUAAAGAUUUUGUUGAUGUGCUAUUUGGUUUUCUGGCACUUCCGAUGGGUACUAUUGUGAGACUGCUUGAGAAAUAUAAGGAGAAUCCUGCUCCGAUAGGCUGUUUCAGUCAUCUAUACAAAAGUGUUGUUGAUAUGGACAAAGAUGAUUUCAUGACGGAAGCUUGUAAGGAUUUGCUUUUGUAUCCGAGGCACGUGAAAGAGAAGCUAUGCAGACAGCUUAAGAUUAACAUAGAUGAUGAUGAUCAUAGGAGUAAUUUGAGGACGGAUGAUGAGUGCAAAGUACCUGAAGGUGGUUGUGAUGAAUUCUUUGUCACCCCGAAGAAGGCUUUCAUCAUUACCGAUAAUAUGGACGAAGUGAAACAUGCAUCUAUGAUUCACGCGGGGGGUACACUUCUAAGACUCGGUUAUAAUGAUCUAUCUAUGUUGAAGACCAUGUCUGUAGAUGUUAAUCACGAAGAGGUUAUAUCUCUUCUCCAUUGCUUGUUCUCUUCGGAAACCCCUUUCACUGAUGUCUUCUUGAAGAAGCAUAUCUCUUGUGGUGUGCCGACAAGUUUGCAUGACAUGCCAACUCUACGCGUGAAAGAUGAAGGUGAAGCUGGACCAGAUGGAGUUGUGUCACUCACUGCAUUCAUUAGGAAGCAGGACAUGAAGAUUCUUUAUGCUGAAAGCGGAAAAGACUUUGUGGAUCUUGUUUUCAGCUUCUUGGCUAUCCCUUUGGAGUCUGUAUGGGAAGUAACUGGAGGCAAUUUCGAGCUAGGAUGCGUUGGUAACUUUUGUAAAAGCAUGAAGACUUUGAGCUCUAGCGGAGGAAAUGCAUCUAGUUACACAUGUAUCCUUCCUAGGGAAUAUAGGUUGUACAAGUCGUUGCUUGGUGCAUGUUACCGAAACGAUGAUGAUAGUUUUAAACUGAUACCUCAUAGUAGCAGUGGGAUUGAGAAGAGAGGGGCAACGUACAUUGACUCAGAUGGUCAAACUAUUUGCAUACCGAAGAGCUCCGUGGAAUUCUAUGAUUUUAAGUAUUACAGAGUAAUUAUACCAGAUGAAUUUGUUGAUGAACCCCCGGGACCUGUUAGUUUUCUUGUUGAAUGUCCCACGGUACCGGUUAGUAGUGGGUUUGUUAAGAGUGGGGAACCAUAUGUGAUCUUUGAUGAUCUUACCAUCCCAGAUGCAAACUCAUGGUCAACUCUUUCCUUACUGAAGAAGUUGGACACGAACUUGGAUGAUAUAGAGAAACAAGUAAUUAACAUCACUGAAGCAGAGGCUAUUAGUUUACUAAAAGCUUCGUUGGUGACAUCCACUGCUUUGACCACCGCUCUCGGGAACUUACUUUUUUAGAAGCCUAAAGUGGAAAGAGUUUAAGGCAUCAAUGGCUUUGUCGGGCAGGUUGAUCUUGAAGGCAGGCUUUUUGUUUCUUGAAACCAUUGAUUUUUCUCUCUUCUUCUUGACGAGUUAUAUUCGAUAUUACAACACUUUUGGAAGAUUAUGGCUUUUCAAAACUGAAAGUUUCAUCGUAUUUUGAUCUGUGAGGGUAGUAAUAUCAAGCGGUGCAUAGUCAUGGGGAAAGAUCAAAACAGUUAUA